AUGACCUCCCCGCUUAUUAUAGACGGGCAUUUCGACCCGAACAUCCCACAGCUGCUACCACAUGACAAAAUGUACAACAUUCAGAUCGGGACACGGCUGUUCAGGAUCAGCGGUGCGUCAUUAAGCUCAGAUGGACCAAGUUACUUCACUACCCACUUCAGCAAGGCAACAAGCAAGUCUGCCUCGAACUCACCCUCCACUGGCGCCAGUGCUAACGCAUACUCUCCGAACGGGACCCUGUCGACCACCUCCAGGGACGUGCUGUUUAUAGAUAGGUCCGCCGAGAUCUUCGAGCACAUAUACAGGCAUCUCCAGGGGUACUUCAUAGACUUGAAGGACGAGGUGCAGUACACGAUGCUUAUAGCAGACGCCGUCUACUACAAUUUACCCCGUCUCAAGGCGCUGCUGCGUGACACGGAUUUCUACUACUCGAGGAUCGGGGACAAGUCGUUCAGAAUCCCAAAGAGAUUGCUGGCACAACCUGGGGACCAAAACAAUUUCUUCCAAAUGACAGCAGAGACACUGUACGUGGACGUCGAGAACUUGAUCAUCCAGAAGAAACUGCUGAGACCACCACCGCACUCGUACUCGUACGUGUCCAGGUCACCAAAACUGUUCAAUAUGCUACUCGAUUUACUCAAUGGUGGUAGCUUCGCGCUAAACAGGGAGACCAGGGAGACUCUUAUCAGAGAGUGUAGGUACUACAGGUUUCUGAACUUGGAACAGAGACUCAUCAAUUGCAAGACUAGCUUCAACCCAGUGACUGGACGGGAGGAGAUCCUCAUGCAAUUGCAAGAUAUCACAAAGAGGGGGGUUGUUGUGCCGCAGUUCUACUCGAACGAUAUCGCGAAACCAUCGUUCGUAGCAAGCGGGAUCGACUCGACUCUGACGUCAUUCCAAUUCGAUACACCAACUAACAAAAAUGAUGACUUGCUCUCACUGAUAUCGACCGAUUUCACAGCGGCUCCGAUCCUCAAAAAACAUAAAGUCGUCCCCGUGAGCUUCCCCUUGAGGAUACUACAGUACAAGAGACCCUACGUGGAUCAAACCCCUCGAGAACUGAGCUUCCAAAUCGAGUCCAAUCACAUAUCGCUGAUUUUCAACAGGAACACACGGUCCGUUCACGUAGAUAUCGCGGGGCCGCUGGUCGGCAAAAUGGAGACACUGUUCCAAAGCACUUUGGUCACCGACUGCAACGUAAACUUCAACACUUUCAAACAAAGAGCCCCCGAUGACGAACCACACUUGCUGUUCCCGGCGUGUCUGACCGUGUGCGACAUCAUGCUCAACGAGACAAAGUACGACGACAUAAACGUCCUGUUCGACCAAGCGAGGGACCAAGUCAACGACCCGAACAACUACGCAGAGAUGGUCUCUGGGUUGCGGCUCUUCUUGACCAACUCGAUCUGGAAACUGGGCGUCGAACCUAACGACCAGAACGUCGUUCUCAUCGGUGUGAAAUUGGACGCAUUCGCAGACUUGAAACAGUACAACCGGGAAGUCCAGUUUCUGUGA